AUGAGCCAAUACGCCGAAUAUUACGCGUUACAAGCAGGCGGUGGUGUAGAGAUUCCCCAGAUUUAUAUUGGCGCACCAUAUCAAAAAGGUCACGGUAUUGGAAGCUUUCUUGGCGGUCUAUUUCGGCGUGUUCUUCCUUUCUUAACUAGAGGAGCUCGAAUGGUCGGAAAAGAAGCUCUUAGAACUGGAAUGAAUGUUAUGAAUGAUUUGGAUGCUAAUAUUCCGGUUAAAAAAUCAUUUAGAAAUCGCUUUGGGGAAACUGGUGAGAAUUUGAAACGGCGUGCUAUUGAUAAAAUGGAGAAUAUUAUGAAUGGUUCUGGUUAUAAGAACAAUCGGAGGAAGCGAAUGGUUCAGUUGAUUUCUAAUCGUGUUGCACUUAAGGUCUCUGAGUUAGAUCUAUUCUCGAUACCUCCUAAACAAACCUCGAUAGAAAGCUCUCAAUGGGUACACUAUAAACCGGUAUCAUCCCUUACCGAUGACUCGCCUAUAGAAUUUGUCGUCCCUGGUCAUGGUGAUGAAUACAUUGAUUUGGCUCACACAAUGCUAAAUCUUAGGGUGAAAUUAAUAACACCACCUAGGGUUGCUGCAAAUGCCGAACAAUUGGAUAGAGUUGGUCCUGUAAACAAUCCAUUACAUUCGUUAUUUAAUCAAGUGGAUGUCUAUUUUAAUCAAAAAGUUGUAUCUCCACCCAGUAAUUCUUAUGCUUAUCGGGCAUACAUUGAAACUCUACUUAACUAUGGUCCUGUUGCUGAAAAUAGUCAUCUGACUACCUCUCUUUGGUAUAAUGACACCCCUGGAAAAAUGGAUGAUUUCGAUGAAAAUGUGGGAUUAAAAGCUCGCCAAAAAUAUUUAAGUGCUGGUAAAUCUAUUGAUCUUAUUGGACACCUGCACUGUGAUGUUUUUACCCAGGACAAAUUUCUUAUCAAUGGUGUGGAAUUGAUGCUACGAGUAGUACGCUCAAAAGAUUUAUUCUGUCUUAUGGAUGGCACAAAUGGCUGUAGUAUAAAUAUUGAGGAAGCCUCACUAGUUGUGCGUCGAGCAAAAAUUAGUCCCGGUAUUCUAUUAGCUCAUGCAAAAGCUCUAUCUCAUGGUACUGCAAAAUAUCCUAUUACACGUGUCGAGGUGAAAGCUUUGUCUCUACACUUAGGCGUUCACUCUGAAACGCUUGAUAAUGUUAUUCUCGGUCAAAUGCCAGAAAGAAUAAUAAUUGGGUUUGUGGACAAUAUUGGAACUGGUAUCCAUUUUCUGAACGAAGGAAAUAAUAUUGAUAGAGAGAAUUAUCCUGUAGGAAACUGUCUGUUCGCCUUUGAUCUUACACCUGAUCUCUCAGCAAACUGUUACUCUCACUGGAAUCUUGUAAAACAUGGUAGUCUCAGAAUUGAAGUACGAUUCGAGGACGCCUUAACUAGUACUAUUAAUUGUCUUGUAUAUGCGGAAUAUAAUAAUGUUCUGGAAAUAGACUCGUUCAGACAGAUUGUUGUUGACUUUAGCGCUUGA